CCCCGGCCCCGGCCCAUGGCGGCCCAGUGCUGCUGCCGCAAGGGGCCGGGGGCCGCGGGGCCCGAGACUGCGGCGGCUGCGGCCGCGUCUGCUGCGGUGGCGGCUGCGGCCCCGGCGGCCGCCCCGGACGUGGCCUCGGCCGCCAGCUCGCAGCUCUUCCGCCUGCGCCAUCUGCAGCUGGGGCUCGAGCUGCGGCCGGCCGCGCGGGAGCUGGCGGGCUGCCUGGUGCUGGAGCUGUGCGCGCUGCGGCCCGGGCCCCCGGCGCUCGUGCUCGACGUGCACCCCGCCGUGCGCCUCCACUCGGCUGCCUACCGGCCCGCCGCGCCGGGCCAGCCGCCCUGCGCCUUCUCCUUCGCGCCCGACCCGGACCCGGACCCGGACCCGGAUCCGGACCCGGACCCGGACCCGGACUCGGAGCCAGGCCUGAGCCCGGCGCCCCGCUCCGCCGGCGAGCGCCCGGGCCCCGCGCCCUGCUGCGCCCCGCCCCGCGGCCUGGACCCCGCCGAGCCGCCAGACCCUGCCCUCGGCCCCUGCCCCGACGCCGGCCAGCCACCCGAAGCUGUGCUCGGACACUCCUCCGACGCCGGCCAGCCUCCGGACCCUGUGCUCGGCCCCUGCCCCGACGCCGGCCAGCCUCCGGACCCUGCGAUCGGCCCCUGCCCCGACGCCGGCCAGCCUCCAGACCCCGAACCCCCUCCGGCACCCAGCCCCCCGCCGCCCCUGCCCACUUUUCCGGGCGCGCCGCCGGGGCCCUGCCACCCUCUGCUCUUCCGGGUGGAGCCCUUCACGGACUACGGCUCAUCCCUGACCAUCAGCCUCCCCGGCGCGUUGCAGCCCCACCAGCCCUUCCACAUCGUGCUUCGGUACACCAGCAGCGACGCCCCCGCCAUCUGGUGGCUGGAUCCCGAGCUGACCUACAGUAAUUCCAAGCCAUUCGUCUUCACUCAAGGCCACUCUGUAUGCAACCGCUCCUUCUUCCCCUGCUUUGACACGCCCGCAGUGAAGUGUACUUACUCUGCCACCGUCAAGGCUCCCGCCGGGGUCCAGGUGUUGAUGAGCGCCACCCAAAGUGCCUACCUGGAGAAGGAGGGUGUGUACCAGUUUCACAUGGAAUAUCCGGUGCCUGCCUACCUGGUGGCGUUGGUGGCGGGGGAGCUUGUGCCAGCCGACAUCGGGCCCAGAAGCAGAGUAUGGGCGGAGCCGUGUCUCUUGUCGACGGCCACAAGCAAACUGUCUGGGCUGGUGGAACAGUGGCUGAGCAUAGCAGAGAAACUGUAUGGGCCCUACCUGUGGGGCAGGUAUGACAUUGUCUUCCUCCCGCCCUCCUUCCCGAUCGUGGCGAUGGAGAACCCCUGCCUGACCUUCAUCAUCUCCUCCAUCCUGGAGAGUGACGAGUUCCUCAUCAUCGACAUCAUCCAUGAGGUGGCCCACAGCUGGUUCGGCAAUGCGGUCACCAACGCCACGUGGGAGGAGAUGUGGUUGAGUGAGGGGCUGGCCACCUACGCCCAGCGCCGCAUCACCACCGAGACUUACGGCGCUGCCUUCACGUGCCUGGAGACAGCGUUCCGCCUAGAUGCCCUCCAUCGCCAGAUGAAGCUGCUUGGGGAGGACAAUCCUGUCAGCAAGCUGCAGGUCAAACUGGAACCAGGGGUGAAUCCCAGCAACCUCAUGAACCUGUUCACCUACGAGAAGGGAUACUGCUUUGUUUACUACCUGUCGCAGCUCUGCGGAGACCCCCAGCACUUUGACUCCUUCCUUCGAGCCUAUGUGGAGAAGUACAAGUUCAGCAGUGUUGUUGCCCAAGAUCUUCUGGAUUCUUUCCUGAAUUUCUUUCCUGAGCUGAAGGAGCAGAGUGUGGACAGUAAAGCAGGGCUGGAGUUUGAGCGCUGGCUCAAUGCCACGGGGCCUCCGCUUGCUGAGCCAGAUUUAUCGCAAGGCUCCAGCCUGACCAGACCUGUGGAGACCCUGUUCCGGCUGUGGACAGCAGAACCCCUGGACCAGGCAGCUGCUUCAGCCAGCAGCAUCGACAUCACCAAGUGGAAAACGUUCCAGACUGUUCUCUUCCUGGAUCGACUUCUGGACGGGUCCCCACUGCCCCAGGAAGUGGUGAUGAGGCUCUCCAAGUGUUACUCCUCGCUGCUGGACUCCAUGAAUGCCGAGAUCCGCAUCCGAUGGCUCCAAAUUGUCGUCCGGAAUGACUACUACCCAGACCUCUACAAAGUCCGGCGGUUCCUGGAGAGCCAGAUGUCCCGCAUGUACACCAUCCCGCUCUAUGAGGAUCUCUGCACCGGCACCCUCAAGUCCUUCGCCUUGGAGGUUUUCUACCAGACCCAGGGCCGGCUGCACCCCAACCUCCGUAAAACAAUCCAGCAGAUCCUGGCCCAGGGCCUGCCUCUCCCGCCCCCCACAGACACCCCCCCCUUGGCCAUUGCCCCAGACACACCAGCCCUGCUGCUGGAGGACAAGCCCCCCCGAAGCCACAAAUGGGCCAUCUCUCUCAGGGACGUCAAUGUGUCUGCCUAGCCCCAGCCCUUGUUCCGGGGUGGCCCCCCAGGCCCCCAGCGGUCGUCUCUUGGUUUGGGAUUGCUCGGCGGUUCCAGCUACCAAGUUGAAUGUGCCUUC